GCUCGCUCAUCGCUAAAAAUACCCUGGGCCGGGAGUUCCAAUUGCGAGGCAGCAAACGCAGCGGAUGCACUGGAGAAUCAUUUUAAGACCUUCCAGCGGACACAACGUGAACGGGCUCGCCUGAGGCAGCUGCUGUGGACCCAGGAAGAAUUCCUCGAGAUCGCUCCUCUGCUAGCAAAGAUCUGGUCCGACGACAGCAUCCGAUUGGCCUUUGAUCAACGCUCCCGACUUAUUACUGAAGACUUUGUAAGCAGCCUCCUUUUGUAUUAUUUCUGUCUUAAAACAGGAUCGAAUUUCUUCGUUGAGAUCUACGGCUUGAUCUACAUCAUGAGUGAAAACACACGCUUCUACCUUAAUCGCAUCGAUCAAAUUGCCAAACCUAAUUACGUGCCAACCAAUGAGGACAUCGUAUGGUCGCGGCGUCCCACAAAUUCCAUAAUUGAGGAAGAGAUCUGCGUCCAUGGCAUUCCAAUCACCUUCAUCGACGUAGGUGGUCAGACAAAGGAGCGCAGCAAAUGGUGUCACACCUUCACCGAUAUGACUUCUGUCCUCUUCCUAGUUGCCUGCUCGCACUACGAUGAGUUCUACGUCGACAGGGUGACAGAAGAAUAUAGGAAUAAGCUACGUGAGGCCAUGGACGUGUUUGAGUCUCUAAUCAACCACGUUUCCUUCCGCCGUGUUUCAAUAAUCCUCUUCUUCAAUAAGACGGACAUACUCAAAGAGAAGCUUACGGGUGGUCUCUCCAGUAUUCGUUCCUCCUUCCCAGAGUUCCCAGCUGAGGGCGAUGAACGCAAGUUGACAGAUGUGCAAAACUUCCUAGUCACCCUAUUUUCCAGUCUCAUUGAUCCCAAUCCUGAUCCAACCAUGCCAGAGGAAGGUGAGCCCAUGCAGAGAUUGAGCGGAUUGCAGAAGCUCUUCCACUCAAAAUCCCUCUCGCGACGUGAAUCUGGAAGUAACGCCUCCUCACAGGGCUUUGAACGCGCUCCACGAAGGCGCACCGUCUAUCGUCAUUUUACCACUGCCGUGGAUAGACGCAACAUCGAAACCGUUUUUAAUGCCAUGCAAGACACUAUUUUGCAAUCCAAUCUUAGACGUCUGAUGAUGAGUUAG